GUUUCUAUUUUGCUGGAUCAAAGUGUAUAAAAUUUUCUUGGUUGUUACUCAAGUUGAUAGCAAACCUCUGUAAAUAAAUUUCUUGAUUUUUUCUUCCAUUCAAGUCACCAAAAAACUACAACUGAGUUCAAGUUCAGGCUUGAAUCAAUCUUGAUCUGUUCAGAUCCAGAAACCAAUUGUAUGAUAGAUGUAUUUGACUAAUUGAUUCAGCCAGGUGGUUAAAUUGAAUUAUCUUGAAGUAAGACAGCUAGGUAUCAUGUAAGUGGGCAGUGACAGGACAUCAUGAUAAAUAACAGAGAUAUCAGGAAAGUAUUUACUCUAGGGGACACCUUUAAUAUUACUGGGAACUUUCAGAACCUUUAUCAAAGAUGUUCCCUCAAGCUACUUAAAUGUUAACAUUUGCAAUAUAUAUUUAUCACCAUAUUUGUUAAUAUAAGAUUGAUAUGUGUAUUAAUAGGAUAUGAGAUUCUGGAUUUAAACUGGAUUUAUGAGGAAGGCAACCAAUAUGGACAGAGGAACCUCCAAAACAGAGCCAUUCAGGGUCCUAAAGCAAAUGUCCAUCAGAAGACACAACCUUGAGAAAUCUUCCGACAGACUGAGGUCGGAGCUGGAGCACCUGCAGCUGAUCAAUGAUCAACAAGGGGAGCGGAUCUCAAGUUCUCUCCAGGCACUGAGGCAGGAGCAAGAAAUGACAGAUCAACUACUGAAAUCAGACCAAAGAUCAGGGGUGGAUCAUGGAAUUUAUUCACCAGGGAGAGGCCGAGCUAACAUGUCAUCCCGACCACUUCAGAGGGAGCCCUCCAUUCUCAGACAGUUGAAGACUUGGACUACCUCAGAUAUUAUCCAGUGGUUGGAACAGAAACAUUUAAACAAGUUCAUCUUCCUCUUUCAAAGGCACCAUGUAACUGGAGCAGACUUGGCCAACCUUGAUCUUGCUUUUCUAGAAAAGUACGAGCACAUCAGUGUAUCAGACAGAGAGGAGCUUCUGUCCCACGUGUAUGAACUGUUACGCCUGGAGCAGUUAGACGAGGAGGACCCGGCCAGGAUCUCCACACCCACUGAGAAAGAGAAGUACCGAUUGGCCAAACAGAUCGCUAACGAUAACACAUUCCACAGGUCACAGAGUGCUCCUGUCACCUUUAUCUCCUCCCAGAGCUCCUCAUCCUCAUCCUGUUCCUCGGUGUCCUCAAAUGCCUCCUCACCCACCCCCAAACAGAGGAAGAAGUCAGCCUCCUCAGACACACCAAGUGUCCUCAGUCACAUCAAAACCAAAAUAGCUACCUCAACUAAAGGCACAGACAACAGACAACAAAGGGAAGUACCAAAAGGAUUUUUUGAGAAGAAAAAAAUCAAGAAAUCAGCAACCAGUUCUUGGUAUGAAGCUUUAGAAGGAAGUGUGAAUGCCUGUGUGUCCUGCUACACAUUACAGAAGAAGGGGGGUACUUUUGGUAUUACCCUAGAACCCAGUCCAGAUGGCUGGUGGGUUAUCAGCAACGUCAGUCCCAAUCUACAGACAGGUAUCCACACUGGAGACAGAAUAUUGGAGAUAAAUGGAUGUAGUUGCUUUUCCCUCAAAUCAUCAAUGGUAGCUGAUAUACUGAAAACUAACAAUGUUAUACAGAUAGUCACAUGUAAACCAACAGAACUCAGAAGGAACAGCCUACACGAGGGCCCUUCAUUGGGGAAUUCCUCGGAUAUCAAAUGGCAGAAAUUCCGUACUUUUUUGACUGAUCUUAGAGACCAGGAUGUUAGUGUUGAUCAGAUGUUGAAAGACGUUCCUAAAGUUGAACUCCAAAAAUAUAAAGAACGAGAAACAUUAAAGAUUUUGUUUUUGUUCUCAUUUUCAGAGAGAAGUAUUAAACAGGGGGAGACAGAAUAUUAUAGAAUUACCAUGAAAAGUUUGAAUAUGGAAGAAGCAAGCAAGCCAUCAGAAGAGAAUUACUGGUGUGUGUGUAUACCCAGUGUUAGAGAGCAGAUUAUGAUGACGCUGAAGGACAUAGUGAUGGAAGCCAGCAGACAGAAGUUUUAUCUGGAUAGACUCAUCUCCUUAGUGAUAGAGGAGUCACCAUGGUUACUGGACCAGGUUGAUGCCAACUUUGAUGAAAUGUCCAUGGACAAUAAAGUAGAGGAAUUCUGCUAGAUUUUCAGAAUGAUUGUCAGUUAUGAUCAGUUAAUUUGGACCAUUGAAUAGAUACAUAUAGGAAUUGUAAGUUAGUUAUCUGUUGCAUUGAGACUUUUCCAUAUUUAUUUAGUAGUCUUAUGAAUGUCACAAGAGCAAUUCAUACCAGAUUCUU